UUCCUGUCUAAUUGUUAUAUAAACAUCUCUGCUUUAACCCCCCAUUGGUUGUUCUACAAGUGAAGGCACAUUUUCUUGAUCUUGAAAACCCUUUAUACUCUUUUGUUUUGAGCUACCUUUCUUGAUCGUGAGCCCUCUUUCUUUAACUCUUUAGUUUGGAGUUGUAUUAUCUCCAUUGCCAAGAGAUGGACCUAAGACACUUCGGCUUUGACUCUCCUCUCUUUUCCAUGCUCGAAGACAUGCUAGAAAUUCCUGAAGAGCACGACAAAUACCGAAACAACCCGUCUCGUGCAUAUGUUCGCGACGCUAAGGCCAUGGCAGCAACACCAGCAGAUGUUGUGGAGUACCCAAACUCCUAUGUAUUCGCUGUCGAUAUGCCGGGAAUCAAGGGAAACGAAAUCAAAGUGCAGGUAGAGAAUGAUAAUGUGCUUGUUGUUAGUGGGGAGAGGAACAGGGAUAAAGAGAAAGAUAGCAAAGAUGGAGUCAAGUAUUUGAGAAUGGAGAGGAGAAUUGGUAAAUUCAUGAGGAAAUUUGCAUUGCCUGAUAAUGCUAAUAUGGACGCUAUAUCAGCUGUUAGUCAAGAUGGGGUGUUGACUGUCACCGUUGAGAAGCUGCCACCGCCGGAGCCCAAGAAGCCUAAGACAGUUGAGGUUAAAGUGGCGUAAGAGAAGAGAGGUUUAUAUGGAAUGGACUUUGGUCACGUUGACAAUUAAUACAUAGCAUAUAGUGUGUAUUUGGUUUAAUUGACAUGUUUGUUUGUGGUUUGGAUUUUGAUGAAUUUGGUUUGUUCCCGUUGA